CGGCACGGCACGGCACGGGGGGGCUGCCCCGGGGCUCACCCCCCUCCGGGUGUCGCGUGGGUCCGCGCACGGGUUGCAGCAACAGGUCGGCUCCUGCGGCAGGGCUGGGAGAGGGAGCGGACUGUCUCCGCUCCCCGCAGCGGGAGGCGCUCGGCUACCGGCAGGGACCUUCCCGGCUGCUCCCCGCCUUCCUGCCGGCCUGCCGAGGAGCUGCCUCGUCCUCCGGGCUGGGUUGGUGAUGCUCCGCGAGCUCCUCCGCGGCUCCCGCUCGCUCUCGCCGAGCCUGGUGCCUGCACGGCGCGGUACGGAGGCUGCCGGCUGAAAUUUCCUCGUCCUGGGCUAACCUGAAGGUCUCUUGCAGAGUUAUUUUUGAAAUACUUGAGAUGUCUUUGCUACCGAGCUGUUUAGUGACUUGCGGUCGUGGCAGCUAAUAGACACUUGCAGAAGUAGCGAAGUGAUGUGAAGUUAUCUUCCAAGAUGACUCUUCUACCUGGAGAAAACUCUGAUUAUGACUAUAGUGCCCUGAGCUGUGCUUCAGAUACUUCCUUCAACCACACAUUCUUUCCAGAAACAGAAACCCUUAAGGGAGUCUUUUACCAAAGAGCCAAGCUAAUUCACCCUGAAGAGGAUCUCCUGAAAGGGUUUCACCCCGAUGAUCGGAAGCAUCAUAUUAUUAUAAACGUAGGGGGCAUUAAGUAUUUGCUCCCAUGGACCACGCUUGAUGAAUUCCCAUUGACACGUUUGGGACAACUAAAAUUCUGCAACAAUUUUGAUGACAUUCUAAACAUCUGUGAUGAUUACGAUGUGACAUGUAAUGAAUUCUUUUUCGACCGCAACCCAGGAGCAUUCAGGACAAUCCUGACCUUUUUGCGGGUUGGAAAACUUCGGCUCCUGCGGGAGAUGUGCGCGUUGUCUUUCCAAGAGGAGCUGCUCUACUGGGGAAUUGAGGAAGACAACUUGGACUGGUGUUGUAAAAGGAGGUAUCUGCAAAAAAUGGAGGAGUUUACUGAAAUAAAUGAACGGGAGGAUGACCUCAUAGAAAAUGAAACAGGUGAAACAUUAGAGGAGACAAAAAUUGGCUUGUGCAUGAGAAAGUUACAAGACAUGGUGGAAAGACCCCAGUCUGGCCUCCCUGGGAAAGUGUUUGCUUGUUUAUCUGUUUUAUUUGUAACUAUUACCGCAGUGAAUUUAUCCAUCAGCACCAUGCCUGACCUAAGGGAGGAGGAGGAAAAGGGUGAGUGUUCCCAGAUGUGCUACAAUAUUUUCAUUGUGGAGUCUGUCUGUGUGGCGUGGUUUUCACUGGAGUUCCUGCUAAGAUUCAUCCAGGCAAAGAGCAAGUUUGCAUUUUUGAGAAGACCGCUAACCCUGAUAGACAUCAUAGCCAUUCUGCCAUAUUACAUCACUUUGCUAGUAGAUACCACUUCAGUGGGCUACAAAAAGCCCAGCUCUGGGAGCAUCUACCUGGACAAAGUAGGUCUGGUCCUCCGUAUACUCCGUGCCUUGAGGAUUCUUUACGUCAUGCGGCUGGCCAGGCACUCCCUGGGGCUGCAGACGCUGGGGCUGACCGCUCGCAGGUGCACCCGGGAGUUUGGUCUCCUGCUGCUCUUCCUCUGUGUGGCCAUUGCACUGUUUGCACCGCUCCUGUAUGUCAUCGAGAACGAGAUGGCGGACUCACAGGAGUUUACCAGCAUCCCCGCGUGCUACUGGUGGGCUGUCAUCACCAUGACCACGGUAGGCUACGGAGACAUGGUUCCCAGGAGCAUUCCCGGCCAAGUGGUGGCACUGAGCAGCAUCCUGAGUGGCAUCCUCCUCAUGGCAUUUCCAGUCACUUCCAUCUUCCACACGUUUUCACGGUCCUACAUUGAGCUAAAGCAAGAACAGGAAAGAAUAAUGUACAGGAGAGCACAGUUCUUAUUAAAAACAAAGUCUCAGAUAAGCAAUGCAUCACAAGGGAGUGAUAUUUUAUUCCCCAGUCUCUCUUCUGAGACUAGGGACAAUGAAUGAAAUUUAAGUUGCAAUUUUUCCUCAUGUCAAGUAAUGUUUUGUUGUAUCAGAUUUCAUCUUUUAAUUUGCUUUGGAAGCAUUUUACAAAGGUAACCCUCAUAUUAAAAGGAAGAAAAGGGGCUAUUAACCAGGAACUGCUGUGGUUUCAGAAGGCUAUUAUUAUGUUGUUUCUUCCCCCUGACCUUCCCAGUAUGUUUGGGACAAAUCUUUCACUAAAAUCAUACAGUGGGAUUUUAGGGUUUGAAAGUUCUCUGACAAAAAUAGGAACAACAUAUAAUUCUGUACUUGACAGGCUGUUUUGUCAUUUGUAAUACGCAUUUUUUCAAACAAAUCACAAUGUAUAUAAUCAUUAAGCAGGCUGCCAUUUUUCUUGGUCUUCUUGUAUAUAAAUAAUGUAAAUACAAGAAAAUUAAUGGCUAAAUUCUCUCCCAGUAAAAUGCCUCAGAGCGUGAUGGAAAUAACCACAGCUGUUUGUCCCAUUGUGCUCUUAAAAAACAUGAAGAUUUGUCAUUCACAACACCAACUGUAUAUUUCUGUGUAAGUCAGCCAUAAACGUAACAGAAAAAAAGAAUCGAAGUGUUUGUAUCAUAACCUUGCUAAAGAUGUAAAUACUUAGAGCUCACCAGCUUCAAAACUUAAAUGAAGUUACAAUGUUGAUCCUAUGCCACCAAAUGCAGGAUUCCAAGGAACAAAGUCUUUUGGGUUUUGUAGCAUUUAACGUUAUCAAGGGGCGAAUAGCUGCAAAUCAAAUGAAAUAUGCAUGAUAAGAUGCCAGUCGUUCCCUACCAUCUGUUUCCAUGUUUUUACUUUACCUCAGAUACGAAACAGAAUUAAAAGAGGCCUGUUUCCAGGGGACACCCUACCAUUACUUGGCAAAUCAAUAUUGCAGCUACCCAUUCACAUUCUGCAUUUGGUUCUUUAAAAGGAGCAGAAAAUAUAUGGUCGUGGGAAGUUGCCAAUGAUGAAAAAAAGAAAAUAUCAUUUGAGUCAUGGAGUGGGGGGUACUGACAGCUUUAUACUUUACUGUCCUCAAUCACAAGGGACCUAAGACUUAAUUAACUAUAACUUUACCAUUAUUACAGACAUCACAGUACCAGAGAAAAUUUUAAAUAGGCUAUGAAAAGGCAAUUAGGUCCUAAAGCACAACUGUGUAUUAUGCAUCCACACAUGGGUCUUGGGUCUUGGCAUGAGGCCAGUGGGAGUACACAGGUCAGCGAGGCGCUGGGCUUUGGCACCUCUUUCUCUGGAGAUUAAUGACAGACCUCUCAUUUAUUUUAGAGGGAACAAGGCUGGUUCACAUAACUCAGGAGACAAACUCCAGAACUUUAAAAAAAAAAUGAAUGAAAUUCAAUUGCUUGACUUCAUGUGUGCUCAGAGGUAAAGAAAAGAUAAAUGUAUGAAUUCCACUUUUUUUUCCCUCAUUAACUGUUAAGAGCUAGGGAGAGAUUUAGAAGUUCCUCAGCCUGUAUUAUUUGAUCAAGUCCAUGUCACACUGCUUUUCUGUUCAAAUGUCUUUAAAAAACAAUUCGAAGGUGUUUUGGUAUGCUUACUUUUAGAAAUAAUCACAAAACUUGCAAAAAUGCACUCUACAAAUAAUUAGGGAUCUAAGGCUCUUCAGGCUGUCAUAGGCUAACAUGCCUAUGGAGCCUUCCUGCAGCGCUAAAAUACCCAGACUAAACUCUUGGCAAUUAAUUACGUGCCAGAGCUAGGAAUGCAACCAGCUUUUCACUCUUGUUCUUCGGCUUUAAUUAGAGUUGGACAAAAAACAGGAACAUUGUGACAAAAAAAAGGGACACAUUUUCCAUCCAAAAUACUCUUAAUUUGAAAAAUGUUUGAUCAUCUGUAGAAUUGGCUUCAACACAAGUGCUAUACAUCUUUCCACCUUCGUGUCAGCAGUCAUAAAAAGAGCCGGUAAUUAGAUUAGUCCUGUGAGCAACAGUUGCUUAUCUAAGGAUGUGUUUGACAGGCUGAGCCAGAAAUAAGAAGCUGUAAGUGAAUAUAAGGAGAAAUCAAGAUUUACCAAAUAAAACCUAAUCUUAUUUCUUUUUUUUUUCCUAGCUAAUAAACGCUGAAACUCUGUCCAUUUUCUCAGUGCCUUUACAUUGAGUUAAUACUCAUUUAUUUCAUGUAUCACUUUAUUUUAAUGCCAGAAUUAUAGCUGGAUUCUGAAGUUCUUGUCCAGACAAAAAUAAAAAUAAAUAAAUCACCCUGAAUUUGGGUGUUGGUUGAGCAAACCUGUGAAAGCAUCUUGCCUGUGGGGAGUUCUGCCUGAGCCAGGAACAAAGAAGCCUUCCAGGAUGCACCCCUAUGUAAUUUUGAGCUUGGCAAGACAUCUCUUGUAAGCAUACCAACAUGGUUCGCUGUGAAUCACUGUAACAAACUUGCUUAUGUUUUACACAAGGUAAUGCAUACUGUAGUCCUUAUGCUAAAUAAAACCAGCUAUACGUCUUCAGAGCACAACAUUAAUAUGAAACCCGCAUGCUGCGCUCCAGCUUCUACUGUGAAGGCUGAACGUUUAACGUGAUUAUGCCUCUUUACAGCACAUUAUCUGAAAUUUUAGUCAAAUUCAUGAAAAUUAUGCAUUGAUUCAAAAGCUGGCUGUUUCCAGUGACACAGCUGACAGCUACCAAGUCAGCUAUCACUCCUUUUUUGCAUUUUAACAGCAUGUGCAGUCAACAAGAAAGUCCCAAUAAAAACACUUUGUGCUUUUCUGAAGUCAAAAGAAUUGUUCAAGUUGCCACUGAUAAAGAGCAGUGUACGCCUCCACUGGAGAUAGGCUUGCAUUGCUAUUUAUAUUAACCUGGGUAUGCUGCAGAAACAUGUACAGUAUGAAUUCAAACAGCAGCAGCUGUAUUACUUUUGGUUAAUAAAGUGUUAGGUUCUCCUUUCACUUUCAUGUGCUUCUUAAGGUAUAGAGAGACUCAGACGUGCUACAGGCAGGCAUGACAACCUGGGGUCUGGAUGAGAAGUGAUCAGCACCUGUUUGGGCUGUAAGUAUCACUAGAUGAAGCAUGCUGGCUGUGAAAAAUAAAUACAUUAGGAAAUAAAAUUAUCUCAGUAUAGAAUAACCUAGGUACCAGUUGAGCAGUUUGAAUAGGGAAAAUGUUCUUGCAUGUUGUCCCAAGAGUCACAAUCAGUUACUGUCCUGGUAACUGGGACAUAACCUCAAAAAGAAUUGUAACCAUUUAAUCAAAGAAACUAACAGGUUUCAUAAAAGAACUGGAAGGACGUGUGGAGAGUGAGGAUGAGAAAAAUCCCUAAUAAAACCAGAACUUCCAGGUAAAGGUCUUGUAUUAAAUUACUUGCUCCAAAAUCUUUCCCUUCUUCAUCUGCAUGUCCUCAGAAAACAGUAACAGAAGGGAUAAAAUCAUUGCUCCAUAGUUUUUUCCACUGUAAUUCCGUACUUCAGAUUUCCAUAGUCAGAGGCUCUAGUAGUGUUACAGAACAGUCAGAGGCUUUAGCAAGUCCAAUUAAGCAAUACCAACAAUUAUGCAGAACUGAAUCAUGAAUUUGCACAUCAUCAGAUACACGUCUGGGAAGGAAAGCUGGCAUGCUCUCUACAUUCAUGACUUGUGUGGGUAGAAUUUAACUGGGUAUUCAGGCUGAUGCAAAAGCAAAGACGUUUUGCUGUAGAAGGUUCUCAUUCCUGCUGCUAUAGCUCUGUGGCGUUACUAAACCAAAGUUUCACAGGAGUCUCUCUGAACAAAACCUUUCCACUCAGUCUUCCCCCACCAGGCCAUGGACUGAGGCUCAGAGUCAAAAUUCACGUUAGGCACUUACCAAAGCACCGAAGUGGCAGCCUGUUUGCUGGAAGAUCUGACCCACCACUGGCAGAUGUGCAGUCUUCCCCCUUCUUUAUUUUUUAAACAGAGGGUGCCUAGAAUGAACCACAUCCUUAGUUCAGGUGUCUCAUUCAAAGGCCAGUGUUAGGUCAGAUGAAUUGGAGCCUUAAUCCUGAAUCGCACAGACCCACCGAUAUCUUCCAGCACUAACUCCGCAUUAUUUGCCCUUUCCAUGUCUCAUUCGCUACGUGUGGGGACCAGGAAAUAGGAAGCAGCACCCAGAAUCCUGGGCCACAGAGGUCAGCUUGGCCUUGGCUGGGAUCAGUUUGAAACAAUGGCAGUGGCUUGGCAGCUCGUGUCUGACUGAAAUAGUUCUGUUCCCCCGUUACUGAUUGGUUCUCUCUUUUGGCUUAGUUAAGAAACAAGACCAGUAAAUUAAAACAAGAGGAAAAGCACAUACUUCUUCAACAAAGCCAAAAACGUUCACAUCCCUCUCCCAGCUUUGCAACAGGCUAAAAACUGGAGUGGAUGCUUCUAAACCUACAGAUUUAAUUGACUCUGGUUAAGCAGAAAUUAGAAGUAAAGGUGACAAAUGUGACUUUGAAGACUGGGACAUCAAUCUCUGCUCGUGCAUCAGUCAGUGCUACAAUGGUUCAGGGCCUAGUUCUUUCCAGGCUGAUGGUUCUGUUGGCUCCCUUGUGUGAGAUUUAACAGGAAUUUAGUAUCCAUUUAUCCAGAAGAUGAUAUGGGUACCAAAAACACAGAAAUAAAUAAAUAAAUAAAAUACAAUGUCUUCUGAAAUGGUGGAACUGUGAUAUCCCAUAGGCCGUCUAGAGAACACAGAGAGUGCAAUUACAGAAACUAGACAGAACUGAAGGCCUCAGCUAGAGUUCACGACAGGGGAUGAAUGUCCCCCCCAGCAACAGAAAUACCUUCAGAAGUUCUGUUGCUAACACAGAAAAUGCUUAACACUAGAUUUACCCACUCAUUUACCACUUCCAGUGUGGCAUUUCAUAAUCCCAUUUCAGCACUGGUAAUGAUCUCAGUGUUCCUAACCUAGAAUGAUCACGUAAAAAGGACAGGAAAGCAAAGCAGACUGUUUUAGAUCCAAAACUUCCACCUCACCGCAGCACUUCAGCUUCGUGCAUGUUGUCUCGUCUUGUAACGUUAGAGUGUGAGUCCUUAGGACAGUAUUCCUUGUUUGGCAUCAGUCAGUCACUGUACAGGACAAUGUAAAGUCACACACCACAAAUUAAGAUUAAUUUGUAUACCACAAAUAAAGUCAAGAAGAAUAUUGCCUGCACUGCACUGCCAAACUGAAAA